AUGUCUACCAACGGCGCGCAGGCAGGGCAGGCUGGCGGUGGGGCUGGGGCCACGUCGUCGCCUCGGCGCAGGCUCUGCCGCAGCGGGUCAUCUAUGGUCCUGGAUCGUCUCAGGUCCUUCUUCAUCUUUCCCAUGGGGCAGCUGCCGAUCGAUGAAAGCAGUGCUGCCUCGGGCUCGCACUGCUACCACUGCUGCUCGAGAGAAGCAGAGGCGACGUCCGGGGCUCAGGUUUGCGCGCCUGAGCGCAAUCCACAGGCGGUGGUGAUCGCAACAACCGGCGAUACGGCAGUGAUCAGCGCCGCGCAACCGAGCGCGCCUCUGGCGAUGGCAACAGCGGCAGCGGAGGACCACGCGCCUCCUGCGCCACCACCGGAGGAGGAGCACAAGGCAGAGGCAGAGGCAGAGAAGGAGCAAGAUCAUGAUGAGUCCAUCAGCUUGGACGAGGCGUACGCGCUAGCCCAGCGGCAUCGCGCGCAGCCGCUGGCGUCGCCAUCGGCCGUGGCAGCUUCUGCCACUGCCACCGCUGCCCCUGCUGCGUUGCCGACGGAGCACAGGAAGAAGUCAGCGAAGGUGGUGGCGGACUGGCGGAGGGUAUCAAAAGCAGGGGAGGCGCUGGAGGGGAAGGCGGAGUUGAACGCGCGCGCAGAGCUGUUCAUCCGGCAGUUCCGGGAGGACCUCAGGCUGCAGAGGCUCAACUCCAUCCUCAAGCACACCCACGCCCUGGGCUCGCCAACGGCGGCGCGGUAA